CCAGGAAGUGCAUGUGAGACCAAAACCCAGGAGCGUCUCAACAGUUGCCUUGUGUGAUGAACGCCAUGGGAACUAUAGACUAACGGAGGAACUAUUGAGGUCGUGCUUUACUGCUCCUGGCUGGACAACAGGCUGUGUUUUUUUGGACGAGGGGAGUGAGAGCCUCCCUGUGCCAGGCGCAGAGCUGCUCUCAAAGAAAUGGCUCCAAGUCUUUCUGUCCCACCGCUGUCAUUGCUGCAUUUCUGGCUGUUCUUGUCUGCGAGAGCGCUGGAGAUGAUUGACGGAGACGCACCUGAACUCACCUGCAGCGAGGGUUUGACUGACUGCGACGUGAGCUCAGAGUCUCUUUUUGAUUAUUCUCCACCAGAUCCAGAUGACACAACAAGCAUCACUCAUGUGCAGCUUCAAGUGUGCCUGUGCUGUUCUGCUGCACAAGACUGUAAACCCUGCCUGCAAGUCAACAUCACAGUCCAAGUUGCAGAAUCGGGUAACACUAAGGACAUUUCUGAGGUAUCUGGUCACCAUAACAAUCGUGAGGACAUCUUUAUCACGAGUCAAACUGUGGAGGGAAGUGGUCAGUUUGUGGCUCCGGAGCCAAAAGCUUCAGUGAAAGUGUGUCACAUCUCCCCAGGGUCCCAUGAGUUUUGCAAGAUGCUUGAGUUUAAACCAAAAAACUUGGGUUUCGACCAAUCACAACAUCACACACUUCAGCUACUUCUGAGAAAGAACAUGAUGUUUGGCAGUCCUGUUGUAGUCCACGCCUUUUCAAUGGAUGGUUCAGACAGCUUUCGAAAUACCACAAUCCCAUCUUUAGAUAAAGUUUGCUCCAUAGACUCCGAGUGGGCUGUAAAGGACUGUGCUGUUCCCAGACUCCGAGCUGUGACUGAUCAUAAAAGAAAAGAAGUCCUCCUUCAACUGGAAAAUAAUACCAAUACCUCACAAGACAAGCUCAUGCUUCGUAUGGUUUGGAAUAACAUAUCUGGAGAGGCUCUUACAUGGCCUAAAGGCAAGACAGAGAUGGCCGUUUCGUCAGAUGUUGUUGCACCAUGCCUGUGCUUCGAGGUGUGGUGGAAGGGAAAGGAACUACGCAGACAAUUCUGCCCUUUCAAAAACAAACAAGAUGCCCUGGAAAGAAUGCAGCAGAAUGUGUCCAUUGCUGUUGUGGAGUCUUGGAUGAGGGACGGCACGCCAAGGCUGAGAUGGAAUGUGACUGCCCCCUGCAGGCUGGAGGGAGAGGUGUGGUUGUGCAAGAAAGACCAGGCAGGAAGCCUGUGUAAGGAGGUGGUGGGCUCCAAACAGAGACUCAACAACCAUGAACAUGCAGGCUGGAGGGCAUCGCGCAAGGUACACUGGCAAACCGGAGAAUUCAACACAUCUUCACAUCCUCUGCUUUGCAUCCAGCUUCAAAUCGAUGGGAUGAAGUCAUACUUUGAACCUCAUUGUCCUUUCGCAGGAUCUCGAUUGAGAUGGAGUCUGCCUUUUCUAAUUCCAUCACUACUUAUUUGCAUUUCCAUACUAGGAGUCUAUUUUAUACAAGGAGUCCUAAAAGGCUACAUGUGGAGAUGGUUGAAAGAAGAUGAUGUCAAAGGUGCUGUAGGUGGCGGUCAUGUGGUGUUGCUGUACCCAUCUGAUGAUGACCAAGCUCUGCCAGAACUGAUGAGCCACCUUGGGUCGUCCCUCCAGGCCUUGGGCUUCAGCGUCUUGGACCUGUGGAGCCAGGCUGAGCUGGGUGUUCUGGGUCCUGUGCCAUGGCUCCACUCAAGACUAAACCGAUUGCAAAGGCAGGGCGGUAAAGUGGUCCUGGUCCUCACCCAGACUGCCUGGAUCAGAGCUGUAGAAUGGGGUGCUGGGAGCUGGGAGAGGAACACCCCAAGGAACGGAGACAUGAAGCCAGAGGAGGAGGUGGAGGGAAACUAUGAUGUGUCCUCUCAAUGUGUAGGUUUUACUGCUUCACUGAGCUGUAUUCUUGCAGACUAUUUACAGGGCCGUGCCGGUGAGCGGUUCAUGUUGGUUCAAUUUGAAUCACUUCCACCUGAGCCUCCAGGUGGAUUCAGGCCAUUGCCAGAACUUUUCCGUGGCCUUCAUGUCUACAGCCUCCCCUCCCAGAGCCUUGGUUUUCUGACUGAACUUGCAGGGGCUCGACAAAUGGCAACAGCUUCUGCAAGAAGGAAAAGGGCAGGCGGGCUAAGGCUGGCAUCCCGAGCUCUGGCACGAGGGCUGUCUGGGUUCACAGCGGGGACCACUGUGUUACGCCUUGCAGGGGUGUCGCAGGGUUGUGUGGGUGUUGAAUUUGAAGACUCUAUGGAGACAGUUCCAUUAAAACCAGUCUUGUUAACUCCUCCCUCCAGCCCUGACUCAAGCCAGAAGGUCAGUACAAUGGAAUGGGUCUGACAUCAGGAGAGGACGACACAUGAUGUAAAUUUAUUGGCUGAACAGAGGAUAAUGAGAUAUGUUACUCUGGGAGAUGUUCAGCUUUUACAGUUUCUUAAAGCAACAAAAUGAUAUUGGUGCUGGAUCUUGUGGUUAUUGGAAAAGGUUUUUUUUCUAUGUUCCUUCAUGUUUCUGUUAUUGAAAAGCUUUUUCUUCUAAAGGCUGACUUGAUACAUAAACACUAAAAAACUACACUCAAGGAAUAAUAUAGUAUUUAUACACCGUUUGGAAAAAAAGUGUCUUUUGAAAGCUUUUUAUUUUUAUAAAUGUCCCCUUCUGUUCCCUCCUUUCUGUUUUUUUACUCCUUGUUUUUAUUGUAACUCUUCAUCGUCUCAUACGCGUAUAACCUUUGUUAUAAUCUGUUUAGCAGUAAUUACACAUCUUAAAUUGUCUAUUCACUUCAUAGGUGGUUUAUCUAAAUCUAUCCAAACUGCAUGUCACGUACAGUCAACCAUGGGCUGCAACAUAUUUGUCAUUUAAAGCUUGUGUGAGGUCCUUUCAUUGUUGCCCUCUUGACAAAACUGUAGCUCUUUUAGCUGUUCUGAGUUUGUGUGUAUUUAUUCAACAAGAAAUGUUUUAACCUUCAAAUGUACCACUCAUAGGGAAUUCAUUCCAUGGAAAAGAAAAAGUGUAUAUCUAAAGGUCUGCAGCCAGCUGUCAUCACUUCAAUCCACACCAUACACCCUCUGGCUGUAGUCCCGGGCAUUAAAAAUAACUACAUAGAUAAAGCCAAUCUGUAUUGUGAUGAUCUUGUUUGCUUUUGUUGCUCAUAAAGAAGCUUCAGUAUUAA